GUCUUGUGUCCAUAGGCUUACAUUUUACUAAGAGUCUCAAAAUCUGAUGCUUUUAUGUUGUCGGGGGAAUCUCAGAAGGUAGGCGGAGGUAAAAACAGACUCCUCUACAUUUUGGCGUACCUCGGGCAAGAUAACAGCCCACCAAGUCCUACACGUGCUCAGAGCUUGAGAAAGGGGAAAAAUAAAAAGGGAAACUGCCAGGACUUAAGAUGUCCGCUCGAAGCGACUUCAGUCUCCCAAGAAGGGCCUACCCGCUUCCAAUAUGUCCGCCCGUAGUCCUGACGUCACUCGGUCGGCUUCAUCAAGCCAGAAAGCCGGUGCGUUCCAAUCAGAACUCAGUCCCCUCACCCACUGCCCUUGAUCACGUCACUUCCGGUGGUGCAGCAGCCAUUUUGUCAGUCGCCAGUGGAUCCCGCGCGCUGGAGAAGUGCAGUUCCCCCUGGUUACCAAUUCGUCCGUUCUCCCUUCGCGCUGCGGGCGCCGUCGAAGAGCACUCACCUCUGAUACACCGGUUCCUCCCUAUAGUCCCGCCGCCGUUGUUGCAUCCGCCCGGAGCCAGUGCGUUGUCUUCCUCCCCCACCACUGACAGGCGCCCUCAGGGAGCCGCCGUCAGCGAUGUCAAGCGAGGAAAGCUACCGGGCCAUUCUUCGAUACCUGACAAAUGAGCGUGAACCGUAUGCGCCGGGCACCGAGGGCAAUGUCAAGCGUAAAAUCCGCAAGGCGGCCGCCUGCUAUGUGGUGCGCGGUGGGACUUUGUACUACCAGCGGCGGCAGCGGCACCGCAAGACCUUCGCGGAGCUGGAGGUGGUGCUGCAGCCGGAGCGGCGCCGGGGGCUCAUCGAGGCGGCGCACCUGGGCCCGGGUGGCACUCACCACACCCGGCAUCAGACCUGGCACGACUUGUCCAAGACUUACUGGUGGCGAGGUAUAUUAAAGCAAGUGAAAGAUUACAUUAAACAGUGUAGCAAAUGCCAGGAGAAACUAGAUCGCUCCCGUCCAAUAUCAGAUACUUCAGAAAUGCUGGAAGAAUUGGGAUUAGACCUUGAAUCUGGAGAAGAAAGUAAUGAAUCAGAAGAUGAUCUGAGCAAUUUUACUUCACCUCCAACUACAGCCUCCAAGCCUGCAAAAAAGAAGCCAGUAUCCAAACAUGAACUUGUAUUCGUUGACACCAAAGGAGUGGUGAAACGUUCUUCUCCAAAACAUUGUCAGGCUGUCUUAAAACAGCUCAACGAACAGAGACUCUCCAACCAGUUCUGUGAUGUUACUUUGUUAAUUGAGGGAGAAGAGUACAAAGCUCAUAAAUCUGUUCUGUCAGCUAAUAGUGAAUAUUUUCGAGAUCUUUUUAUUGAGAAAGGAGCUGUUUCCAGUCAUGAGGCAGUGGUGGAUCUUUCUGGUUUUUGUAAGGCAAGCUUCCUUCCUUUAUUGGAAUUUGCCUAUACUUCUGUGCUAAGUUUUGACUUCUGUAGCAUGGCUGAUGUAGCCAUCUUGGCUCGCCAUCUUUUCAUGUCGGAAGUUUUAGAAAUCUGUGAAAGUGUACAUAAACUAAUGGAAGAAAAGCAGCUAACAGUGUAUAAGAAGGGUGAGGUCCAAACAGUUGCAUCUACCCAGGACUUACCAGAACAGAAUGGAGGUACCGCACCUCCUGUGGCUAGCAGCGAGGGAACCACAACAACAUUAUCUACUGAACUUGGGGAUUGUGAAAUUGUACUGUUGGUGAAUGGAGAAUUGCCCGAAGCUGAGCAGAAUGGAGAGCAAGGACAACACCCUGAACCCCAGGUUUCUUCAGAGGCUCAAGCCACUCUGUCACCUGUGGGCUGUGUAACUGGUUCCCAUCCUGAAAUGGAGUCUGUGGACUUAGUAACAAAAAAUGAUGAGACAGAAUUAGAAACUUUAAACAGCAGAGAAGAUAGCACAGUUUCUAAUAUUCAUCCCAAACUUUCAAAAGAGAAUGUAAUCAGUAGCUCUCCAGAAAACAGUGGUAUGGGAAAUGACACGUCAACUGAAGAUAUCUGUGCUGAAGACAUUCCAGAACAAAUGCAGAACCUUGGCCAGUCUUUAAAAGAUCAGGAAAAUCUAGUUGCACUGACAACAAAGACAGACCUUGGCCCUGAUGAUGAAACUUACAGAAGCAGGCUUCGGCAGCGUUCUGUUAAUGAAGGGGGUUAUAUCCGACUGCACAAAGGAAUGGAGAAAAAGCUGCAAAAACGGAAAGCCAUUCCCAAGUCAGCAGUUCAGCAGGUAGCCCAGAAAUUAGUUCAAAGAGGGAAAAAGAUGAAACAGCCAAAAAGGGAUACUAAAGAGAAUACUGAAGAAGCAGCAUCCCAUAAAUGUGGGGAAUGUGGAAUGGUUUUUCAGAGACGAUAUGCCCUUAUAAUGCACACACUGAAACAUGAAAGAGCUAGAGAUUACAAAUGUCCGUUGUGUAAAAAACAGUUUCAGUACAGUGCCUCCUUGCGAGCACAUCUUAUUCGACAUACCAGAAAAGAUGCACCCACUUCAUCCUCUUCCAAUUCUACGUCUAAUGAGACAUCGGGAACAUCAUCUGAGAAGGGGAGAACCAAACGAGAAUUUAUAUGUUCCAUAUGUGGAAGGACAUUACCUAAAUUAUAUUCUCUCCGAAUACACAUGUUAAAGCAUACAGGUGUAAAGCCACAUGCGUGCCAGGUUUGUGGAAAGACUUUCAUCUAUAAGCAUGGCCUAAAAUUACACCAGAGUCUCCAUCAAUCUCAAAAGCAGUUCCAGUGUGAACUAUGUGUUAAGUCAUUUGUUACCAAACGGAGUCUUCAAGAACAUAUGAGUAUUCACACAGGUGAGUCCAAGUACCUUUGCUCAGUUUGUGGAAAGUCUUUUCACAGGGGCUCUGGACUCAGCAAGCAUCUAAAGAAACACCAGCCAAAGCCUGAAGUUCGGGGCUAUCACUGUACUCAAUGUGAAAAAAGUUUCUUUGAAGCUAGAGAUCUUCGUCAGCACAUGAACAAACAUCUUGGUGUGAAGCCAUUCCAGUGCCAAUUUUGUGAUAAGUGCUAUAGUUGGAAGAAAGAUUGGUAUUCCCAUGUGAAGUCUCAUUCUGUCACUGAGCCUUACAGGUGUAAUAUAUGUGGCAAAGAAUUUUAUGAGAAAGCAUUGUUCAGAAGGCAUGUAAAGAAAGCUACCCAUGGAAAAAAAGGAAGAGCAAAACAGAACCUAGAACGGGUGUGUGAACAAUGUGGAAGAAAAUUCACUCAGCUAAGAGAGUAUAGGAGACACAUGAACAACCAUGAAGGAGUUAAGCCAUUUGAAUGCUUAACCUGUGGAGUAGCUUGGGCUGAUGCCCGAUCUCUAAAACGCCAUGUCAGAACACAUACUGGCGAGCGUCCCUAUGUCUGCCCCGUAUGUAGCGAAGCCUACAUAGAUGCUCGAACACUGCGUAAACAUAUGACUAAAUUCCACAGAGAUUAUGUGCCUUGCAAAAUUAUGCUGGAAAAAGAUACCCUUCAGUUUCAUAACCAAGGAACUCAAGUGGAGCAUGCGGUUAGUAUCUUAACAGCAGACAUGCAGGAACAAGAAAGCAGUGGUCCUCAGGAACUGGAGACGGUGGUGGUGACGGGAGAGACCAUGGAAGCGCUUGAAGCUGUUGCGGCUACGGAAGAGUGUCCAUCAGUCUCUACGCUCUCUGACCAGAGCAUUAUGCAAGUGGUUAAUUACGUGUUGGCACAACAGCAAGGACAAAAGCUCUCGGAAGUGGCAGAAGCUAUUCAGACUGUAGAGGUAGAGGUGGCACACAUUUCAGAAGCAGAGUGACGGUAGCAGUGGGGGUCAGAGAAGUGACAUCCCAUGUGCACUGAACCCAGAACAUCUGUUUACAGGACGACGUCACUAUCUGCCUGGUGUUCGCAGGUCAAGGCUCUGGGCUGUUCGGUGAUGUUUGAACAUUUCUGAAUGGUUUUCUGGCUCAUGGGUUCUGUGGAAAAGUCCAUAUACGGCAAAGAAAUUGAAAACAAACCCACUUGAUGGCAUUGGUUUAUCAUGGUGUACUUUUUAUGAAUUAAUGUUUAUAAAGAACUGGACUAAAUUAAAAAAUGUAUAGUUUCACUUGCAUUUUGACAUUAUUAUAUACUUUGAGUUUAAAAGGCUGCACUAGUCAGAUCUUCUCUUUUAUUCUAAAAAUAGGUUCUGUGAUUUCAUUUGCCCUGUUUAUAGGUUUAAAAAAAUUCUAAUAUAAAGCAUUUUAGUAGGAUGUAUACGUGUAUUACAUUUUUAAAAUGCUUCAAAUCUGUGAUUCUUGACUUACUAUUUAUUUUAACCCCUUAAAAGUCAGGGAUUUAUUCUAUUUUAAAGCACUUAAUGAGUUACAUGUUGUAAUCAAGUUUGCACAGUAUACUUAUCUAUAUGGGGAACCCUUAAAUAAAUAGCUGAUUUUUUAAAUGCCAUUAAAAUGCAUGAAAUGCCUAUUAAAGCCUUACUAUAUACUAUCUCUUCAAGGCAAGUAAAUUGACCAUGAGCAAAGAACACUGUUGUUAAACACUGUUGAUGGGAAAUUUCUCCUUGAUAACAUGAGACAAUGAAUGAAAAAAAAUCUCAUUCUUUUGCUGAAGAAUGAACAAAUUAAAACUAGAUUUGGUAUGUUUGCAGCUUUUGUAUCAUGUUUAAUUGUUCAAUUUUGUUGAAAAACUGCAAUUUAGAAAUAGGAUAGCAAUAUAGACCUCUACAGCGGUCCUGUGGAUACCAUAUAAUUGUCAAGUAACUUCAGAAUAUUGAAAAGUCUUCAAUUCAGCCCUCAGUAUACUAUUUAAAGAAGUUAAUUGAUUAUGGUCCACCAAAUUGUUGAAAGUAAAUUAUUUUUAAAAGUUACCUAAGAAUUAUAUUAAUUUGUGUGUUUGAUUUUUAAAUUCCCACUUCUAGAAGCUAUCCAGUUUUCUGAUCUUCAAAAUAACUGUGGGGAGAUGCCACAUUUCUCUCCUGUGGGGAAACUACCACUCAAACUAUAAUUGUUAAAAUUAAACUUUUUAAAUAUUGGAAGCUAAUAUAAGGUAUAAAAUGAAGAUAUAAGCAAAUCAUAUGUAAAUCAUUCCUAAAGCACAAGAAAAGAAUGUGCCUUGAUGUACAUAUAUUAUUAAGAUACUUAUUCCAGUUUACUUUAAAAAAAUGGCUUAAAAGAUAAAGAUUAAAUGUGAUGCCAUGCAUGCAUUGUCUGCAUAUGUAAUAUUUGCAUUUGCAAAUUUCCCAUUGUUCCUAUAGCUAUGUGGCUGACUUUCAAUUUUAAGUGAAUUGACAUACAGUCUAUAACUUUAUAAUGGCUCCUUGUUUAUCAUACUUUUCAGUUAGUGAAAAUGUAUUUCAACCUGACUAAAAUCUGGAAUUGUGUCUUUUAUGUUCCAUCUUCACCAUUGUUAUUAGAUUUAGUUAAUUGUAUAAGACCAUUAAUGUAUGUCAAAAAUUGUAAAUAAAAGAUGUUGAAUCUUGUUUAAAAGCAUAAGCUUUGGAGUUUAGCUUGUCACUUUUCUAUUCAUAAAUCAGUUGCUGUAUUUGAUGUGUUAUUAAAGUCAAUCCAUGUUUAAGGGGAAGGGGAAUAGAAUACAUUAAAAUACAAUGAAUCAUGGAACACUACAUCAAAAACUAAUGAUGUAAUGUAUGGUAAUUAAUAUAAUAAAAAAAUAACCAUUGGGUGAAAACGUAAUAAUAUUAAAACAUCUUACUCGUAAACAUAAUUUUGCCACAAAAUUGGAAGUAGUGUGAUUUACUGCCUACUUGGGUAAUUUUUUUUUUGAAUUUUGAAUUUUUUUUUUUUUUUAAGAUUUUAUUUAUUUAUUUGACAGAGAGAGACAGUGAGAAAGGGAAUACAAGCAGGGGGAGUGGGAGAGGGAGAAGCAGGCUUCCCGCCGAGCAGGGAGCCCCAUGCAGGGCUCGAUCCCAGAACCCUGGGACUGUGACCUGAGCCGAAGGCAGACGCUUAACGACUGAGCCACCCAGGCACCCCUACUUUGGGUAAUUUAAAUGUGUAGAGUUAUAGGGCGCCUGGCUGGCUCAGUUGGUAGAGCAUGUGACUCUUGGUCUUAAGGUCGUGAGUUCAAGCCCCAUGUUCGGCAUGACUUUUUAAAAAAUGUGUAGAAUUACAUAAUUCCAUGUAGAAACAAGUGUUAAGAUUCCAAAAAUUCAGUUUUAUAUUGCCAUGGGGGAAACUUCUAUAUUUAAUUUACAAUUCCUUUUUAGAAUCACGCAUUGCUUUGUUGUUGUCAGGUGACUCUCCUCUAAUUGUGUGGGUACCCCUGGUUAAAUGUACUUAUUACUCUUCCUGCUAAGCAGUUUGAGUCAUUGCUGUUAGUCAUCGAAAUGUAUGAAUUGAUAGCAAUGAAUUAAUUCUCUGACAUGGGUUUUAAUUUGUUUUAUUAAAAGUGGCUGUAUUCAGGGCGCCUGGGUGGCUCAGUUGGUUAAGCGACUGCCUUAGGCUCAGGUCAUGAUCCUGGAGUCCCGGGAUCAAGUCCCGCAUCGGGCUCCCUGCUCGGCGGGGAGUCUGCUUCUCCCUCUGCCCUCUUCCCUCUCCCCUCUCAUGCUCUCUGUCUCUCAUUCUCUCUCAAAUAAAUAAAUAAAUAAAUCUUAAAAAAAAAAAAAGUGGCUGUAUUCAGAAUUUCACAGGGUUGCCUAAACUGCUGGACUUAGAGCUAAUCCAAACCUUCAGUGUUUUGUCGUUUUUUUAAUGCAUUGGUGUAAACUGUGCAUGCAUGAUGUUUCCUGCUCGGGAUUGUUCUUGUCAAACAUGUAAUCUCUUGGACGUUCAUAAACACUUUUACAUCUAAUGUUUGGAACAUCCAUAAUAAAAGCCUUUGCUUCCUCUUGA